GCGGAUUUGCCGUGCUCAGCGCUCAUUUUCGCUAAUCUUCAGCGACCCCAUCAUAUCGAGCCGCAUCAUGAGCGGGAUCAGAUCAGUGGCUGCCGGCGACAUUAUCCUGGAGCGGGAUCCCUGGGUGUGGGCUUUCCACUCUGACGGUUACGAGAUGUAUUGUGCAGGUUGUUUCCAGCAGUUAUCCCAGAGUUCGCAACCGGCACUGCUCUGUCCGGGAUGUCAAAGCCAUCGCUACUGCAGCUCGAGAUGCCAAGUACGUUCAAAUGACGGGAUCAUCGAAAUUCAAAGAGUUGUUAGGAAAUCAAGUAGAAAUCCCCGGUGAAGCUUCGCAGCUGACGUUUUGAUGAAUGCCGAUUGGGAAAUGGAACACAAAUUUGAAUGCACACUGAUGAAGCGCAUCACCGAUUAUCGUCAAAAGGUGGCUCGCGAGCGGCCACCAUUCUCCGUGGUCACCAUUCUAAACCUGAAAAUCCAGAAAUCCGUUCUGGACCAUGUUCCAGGACUAGACGGCAAGAAAUCAGUCAAAGAAAUCCUGUUGUCACUGAACGGCAGUCGGCCGACUCGUUUGGUUCAGGAAAUCACGGAAUUCACAAAAACGCAAAUUUAUAAAGACCUGAUGGCGGUGGCGAAUCCGAACCCGGCCGACCGUCCCACGGAGACAGAUUUCAUUGACACCCAGCUGCGCGUCAUCCAGAACUUGUGGCCCCUCUCCGACUUCAACAGCAAAGGGGGGGCUCCAUGUAUCUUCGGAAGUGGAUUAUUCUUGGAGAUUGGGAGGACUCACGGGAGUGGGACGGUCUGUAUGAAUUUCAACGCCAUGCAGGUUUUUCCGGGGAAGACGCUGCGUGUGGUCGCUCUCGACGACAUUUCCGGCUGCAAAGGACUGGCCGAUGUGCGUUGGUGCAAUCCCAUGUUUGUUGGCUGGUUUUCCCUGCCGGCUAAACAACGCCGCGAGUAUUUUCAAAAGAGCUACGGACGCGCGUGCGGCUGUCGCAAAUGCACACCGGAUUAUGAAGCGGAAAUCAAUCCGCUGAAGUGCGUUACCACAGGCUGCCACGAGCGCAUUCCGAGCGACGAACGCGCCCUGAUGCCCUGCGCUCAGUGUGGCGCUAUUAACGAACCACGACUACGAGCGCUGCGUGGUUUCGUGGAGAAGCACGAGGAGGUGUUCCAGCUGAGUCUCAACGCCGAACUAACGGGUGACACUAUCCUUCCGGCAAUUAUUAUGCAUAAAAAGGUUGCCAUUAUCGAAGAGCUGAACAAGCUGGAUAUCUUACACCCGGGUGCCCAUCUGCGCUUCGUCUGUGGCUGGAUCGUGACGGAUGUAUACGAGGAGCAGAAGCGCUUCGAAGACGCAUGGGCACUGUAUCAGGACUGUACGCUAUGCAUCCGGCAAAUCUUUCCCAACUACCAUGUUAGCCGCUCACAAUUUCUGAGUUUUGCGGGGUGUUUUGCGAUUAAGUGGGCGGAACAUGUCAUGAAAGAUCCACGGGGGAUCUCCGCAGCGACGGCUAGAUUCUUCGAUGGAGUUCUUGAAGAAGGGAUCGGGUAUUUGAAGGAGUCGGCGGAGAUUUACUCUAAGCUCUUCGGUCAGCUGAACAAGUUCGCUCCGGUUCCAUCUACAAUGUUCAGCGAAUGA